UCAUGCUUCUCAUCCCCACCACUUCCACCAUUUCCUCAUGCCUCAUCAUUUCAUUGAAACUUCUAUUCUUAAAAUCAUAUCCCACCUUCUCAACAACAAAACCAGUAUACUCUACUAAAAAAAUGUUCCCACGUAAGGAAUAAUUGCCUAGAUUCAUGCUAGUGUCCAUUGUAUCUCACUCUCUCUAGGGAGGAAACAGUGUGGGACACUACAAAUCAGUGGAAAAAAAUCACUCUACAUAAAGCUCAAAAGGGAAGAUUUUGCACCUGAUAUGAAAGGCAAAAAGGGAUUGACAUCUGGAGAGAGAAAUGGAUUGCUUAGUUUGGCAUCUUAGCAAAGAUUGGCAAGAGACAUCCAAAUAAGAAAAUUUGAGAGGAUCAGAUGUUUUGCUGUGGAAAAAGAAUGCCAUGUGUUGGUUGAAAAAGAAAGGAACCGUUAAUUGCUCAAGGUUUGGUAAGAAUAUGCUUGUACUAUAUUUUGGAUUUUCAGACACUGUUUGCGGUUAAAAAAUAACACGUAAUGGAAUGUUGGGCAGUUAGGUGCCUUACAUAUUGGUGUAUCUUUAUAGCUGGACUCUCUGCCUAAGCAUUCCUCCUAUUUUGUUCUCUUUAAACUAUCGUUCGUGUUCCUAAAAGAGGGCCGGACACGCAUUCGGAUUGUCACAUGAAUCUUGAUUUAUGCAUCUGUCUGACUUUCUGGUAAGUGUUAUUGUGUUUUUUUUUUUUGCAUUAGAUUCUUGAAAAACUGCGGUUCUGGAAUUGUAGACUCUGUAUGAAGAAGGUUGAAUCUUAAAGGCAAAAUAAUCAAGAUGAGACGACGAUGAAGGAAACCAUUUUCAUGAGGGUAUUGUACUGCAAGAUCCACUGUCCAUUGAUGUGCUUCUGCAAGCCGUCUGCUGCUCAUCUCUACACUUCAAAGCCAUUGAAACUGGAAAGUGCUCCACAUGUCGCUCCUUCGACAGUUUAUGCUAAGGAAGAAGAGUGUGUUGAAGCGAAGCAUGAAGCUGCUGUGGUAAAAAUCUGCGUACGGAAGUCCUGUCUUCGCUCCAACUCCACCAGAGAGAUUGGGAAGAAAAAAGUGCAGUGGAUGGACCACCUGGGGAAGGAACUUGCUGAGAUAAGGGAAUUUGAAUCAAGUGAGUCUGGAGAUACAGAUAACGAAGAUGAAAGCAGCCGUUGUCUCUGUGCCAUUCUCUGACUUGGCUAUACGCAGAGAGCAGAGGUGAUCAAUCUGUUUCUUCGGCUUCAUUUUUGCCUAAUUCAACUGCUGAUCUACGCUUCUAAUCCAGCCAAUCUGUCUGCGGAUUGUACAUCAUCAAUUCUUUGUAACAAAGAUGAAAGCCUACAUCAGUGGCUACUGUAAUAUCACUGCUAACACCAAACUCCAUUUGAGCAUUGUUUUACAUUCAAUUUAUUAUGCUUGUAUGCAA